AUGAAGCUCAGCGUUGGCCAGCGCUGUAAGGAUUUCAUCCGCGUCCUUCUUUCUCCAAAGCUUUGGUUCGACGUCUACUGGCCCGCCUCGCGCAAGUACUGGUUUUCGCUUCUUCUCAUCAGCGUGAUCUGCGCCAAACUACUCCACAUCUACUCCCACCUCAACUCCCUCUCUCCCGGCCAAUUCAUUCUUUGGGGCCCAACCUUCUUUCUUCAGGAUGUGGUAUGCAUCCUCAUUGCGCAGACUCUCUCCCAGAACUUCCACCGAAGAUGGCUCCGUGUGGUGUCUGCGCCAGUGGUAAUUCUGUCCAGUUUAUUGAUUUCUGGUCUUGCCGCCGCCAACAUCUCCUUCUAUACCCAAACAGGCGCCGAGAUUCAUUGGCGACAAGCACACGCCUUCCACCGCGAUGCAGCAUCAGUCAAGACCCUCCUGGCCGGACUGACCGGCAUUGUCAUCAUGGAGGUUCUUUUCAGCGCCGCAGCAUGGAUAUCAACUCCCUAUCUAUACAAUUGGGUACGCGCAGUGACCCGAGCAUUCAACGCAGCCGUGGCCCCGGCAUUCUUUUGGUGGAAACGAAAGCCCAGCUCCGACGCAGAGAACUAUGCGCAAGUCGCCAACAAAGACUGGGAUGAAGAAAACAGCGAGUCGGAAGCCAUGCUGGGUUUGGAGGAUCCUAUGACAGCAACUCCCUCGUUAUCACGGGCCCGACCUUCUCUGCUAUUGCGCAUCCUUGUGGCCUCGGCUGCCGCCUUUGUCCUCCUGUUGCGCUGCAUUCGCCCGUCGGACACCGCGUACUCUUUCCUCUCCCAGACCCUCAUCAUCACACCCUUCGAGAAGCCGCCUCAGCAUGAGACCACUUACUCCGUUGAUCUCCCCCUAGACUUACCGGGCGAUUACAGCUGGCUCUACAACCAUACUGCGCUCGCAGCGCCCCCGAAAUUCGACUGGCUGCCGCAGAAGAAGAUUGCUGGGUUCAGAGACUGGUAUGAAGAGGGCAAGGAAGGCGCAGCAUUGCACUAUGAUCCGGCGCAUGAUCCCUUGAAAAUAUCAAAUCUCGACCGCAAUGUUCUGGAGCCGUGGCGCGACGCUCUCAAGAGCGGCAGUGUGAACAUCAAGCAUGUUUUCUUGCUCAAGUUGGAAAGUACUCGUUACGAUGUCUUCCCGGUCCGCAAAGACUCCCACGUUGGCGAUAUUAUCCGCGAAUCCUAUGGAGGCAACGUUCCAGACAUUGUAGAUCAGCGCCUUGCCAACCUGUCCCGAAAUGCGGAGCGAUUGACGGGAAUCUCGUCUGGCUGGGACCACAGUGAUGAUUCAUGGCAGCCGCGUGGCGGUAUGUACGCAUCGAAUGCGUAUACUGGCGACACGUUCACUCUCAAGAGUAUCCUCGCCAGUGUCUGUGGCAUUGCACCAUUGGUCGUUGACUUUAACCGCGAGUACUUGCAUCAUAUCUACGAGCCGUGUAUGCCUCACAUUCUCAAUGCAUUGAACUCCAUGUCCCGAGAGAACGACACCCGCAAGAUCAAGGAAGACGAUUAUACCACUUGGCCCUGGCAUUCGACUUUCAUGCAGAGCAUCACGGAUAACUAUGACAACCAAGACCUUCUGCUUCCCGCCUUGGGCUUCAAAGAUAAAAUCACAGACAAGAAGAUUACCAAGGAUAGGAAGAAAAAACCAGGCCAUGCGCCGAAAAAGUUCAACUUCUGGGGGUAUCCCGAGCACGAGCUGCGAUCGUAUUUCCUUGAUGCGUUGAAACAUGCCGAGAAGCAUCAUGAGCGUGUUUUCCUCACUCACCUGACGGGACAGACACACUACCCGUGGGAUAUGCCAAAGGGUGACAAGAUUGAAGAAUUCAUGCACCACAACAUUUUCAAUGGUAGGAACAGGAUGAACCGCUACUUGAACACCCUUGGAGUUGCAGAUAGAUGGCUUGGAGAGGUUCUUGAAGUGAUCGAAGAAGCGGGAGUCGCUAAUGAAACCCUGGUGGUGAUAGUUGGUGAUCACGGCAUCUCGCUGAUCGAGGACGGCGGUGUCACCCCUUACGACAACCCGCAUGUUUCCAACUUCCACGUUCCACUGGUCUUCUCGCAUCCGCAACUCCCUCAAAUCACCAUCGACGGCCGGGUCACCUCCAUGCAGAUCGUGCCUACUAUCAUGGACCUUCUAGUCGAAUCCGGCUCGCUUGAUAAGGAAGCUACCCAUGCAAUCAAUGACCUUCUCCCCUUGUACGAAGGCCAGUCAAUGAUCCGCGAGCUAGUCCCAGAGAAGGACGGCAAGCUUGAUUGGCAGUUCACCGUUAUGAACACCGGCGCUACCUGGCUUGCUCUCCGGUCUGGCCCCAAGCCGUACCGCCUGGUCAUCCCUCUCGUACCCGACGUCGAAUGGCGGUUCUCUGAUGUGGAUAAAGACCCACUUGAGCUGCACACUGUUCAGUCUUUUACUUUGCAACCUCUGUUGGACGAGGUUGCGAAGGCGCAUGGCGAAGAUGCCCUGAACUGGGUUAUUGAGGCUGCUCAUGUUACCCGGUGGUGGGUUAGUGAGAAUUGGCGCCGUUAUGAGUUUACGCCGGAGGUAUGA